GCGAAACGUCAAACGUCUCCCGAUUUCUCACAUUUUUCACAGCGAGCUGCGAGCGAAAAGAGAGAAAAACAGUUCGUAAACGGUGUGAAAAUAAUCCUUCCAAAUAAAGUAAUCCUCCAAAAAACCGUAAGUCCCGUGUGCCCGCAUCCUUGUCCCGAACAGGCACACCAGUGCCAGCGCCAGUUGUCGAACAGUUGCCUUUCUUUAUCGACUACUACCACCAACCAACACAGACGAUGGCCACACUAGUCGCACCACCAGCCGGCGGCAGCACGGGCGGCAAACCGAAGGAGAAGAAAAGCCAGGAAGAGAUCGCGGCCGAAUUUCAGCAGCUGCGAAAUCAGCAGCGAAAUUUGGUCAACAACCUCAACACGAUCGAGAUGGAUCUGAAGGAGCACAAAACCGUCAUCGACACACUGAAAACGGUGGAAUCGAGUAGGAAGUGCUUCCGGCUGAUCGGUGGCGUGCUGGUGGAACAGACGGUCGAGGUGGUGCUGCCCCAGCUCGAGCUCAACAAAGCGCAGCUGGAGAAGCUGAUCGAGGAGGGAAAGGAGCAGAUCACGAAAAAGGGGCUCGAGAUUAACCAGUUUAAGGACGAGCACAACAUUAAGGUGCGGGGCCAGGAACCGUCCCAGCCGGCCGGUAGCGAGAAGGAGGAGAGCGCGGCCGACGAGAAAUCGUCCGGCAACCGGAACGUACUGGUGGGCAACCUAUAAGGACAGGGGGACCACCAAACUGCUCUGCUAGCCUUAUUUGUUCCCCCCCCCCCCUCCUCCCCCGUGCGUACGUGUGUAAGUGUUUGUACUUUUUUCCCUCGGUGUGGGAGCAGGUUCUUCCCGGCUAGCAGCUCAAAACAAACAAGAAAUACAGUGUGAGUGUUUUUGUACGAGGGAUCAGAAGAGAAAAAGUGGAGCUUAAAAUGUUACACACCCAAACCCUCCCCAAGAAGGCUUUGAAAACCGAGCAGCCGGGCUUGUUGUGGAAUUGAUUUUCCUCGCAAACGAUACGAAACAACCGAAAAAACCAACGGCUCCAACACACCAUUCACCUCUUUUUGCGCACACAGUUGUUGCCCUGCUAACACUCAACGCCCGAAGAAAAGAACGAUUAUCAUUACAGGGUUUUCCAGGAGUUCUCAUAGCUGUGGGACACUUAAUUGACUCUUCCGUAUGUGACAUGAACUGAAUGUAAUGGGAAUUGGACUCUAUAGCACUCUUGUUGGAGAAAUCCAAUAAGAAGGCGCCUGUCGAAAAAGGGUGCCAUUACGUCCAAUGUUCAUCAUAUGAAGUUCACUUCCAAUAGGAAAGAGUCAAGGAAUCCUUGUAUCAUAGCCUCCUGUUCUGGAUCGUUAAUUUAAGCCGUCUAACUAAUGAAUACCGAAUAUCGCGAAACCGAAUUGAACAAAGAAGGAGACGAGGAAAAUGCAUUAAACAAAAAAAGCAAACAAAAUAAGAUGCAAAAUAACAUAACAUA